UGCAGUAUCUGUUUCACUGUCAACUGAUCCUUCCGUUGCCCCUGCGAGCCCAACGCCUGACCCGAUGACUAAAACAACAUUCGCCAUUUUACCCGGAUUUCGGAGUGCGUAUAAAAGCCAGCUGCGGUAGGUGACGUCUUAAAUCCGGACCUGGCCGCCACCACAUCAAUACUGCUUACGGGAGAGAGAAGUGGAGAGAUACUGGAGACAAUAUUUGAUCGAGCUUGGCUUUGAAUAUCACCAUGGCAUCAUCGUCAGCGCCUCUACUCGCCUUACUGCUAGUGGCAGCGACAGUGCACGUGGGGAUGAUGGAAGUUCACAUCUGUCCUGACGGACAAAUGAUCGACUUGCCAACUUUUUAUCCGGAAAGCAACGGAAACAGCAUAUAUCCCGGCGAUGAUGGCGAUGACGCCGCCAAUGAAAUAAACAGUGCUGCAAGAACAGCAGGCCAACAAGAAGAUAUCGUGCGCUGUGCAAACCUGACAGGAGUGUGGUACAAUCAUCACGGCUCUGAGAUGAUUAUCUGUCACGGAGCCGACGGUAGCUUGCUAGGAGAAUACCGUACCGGAGUGGAAAGCAGAAAUGGAACAGCAGGAACCAGCCACUCGGCGAUAUACGGCGCCACGGCGGCCGUAGCGGACGGUGUCGGAGCAAUUGGCUUCACCGUCGUGUGGAGUAACGGCACGUCGGCGACAAGCUGGAGUGGUCUAUGUGUCCCCUCUAGCGUAUGCACUGGCAGCAGCGCUCUCGCCAACAACGACCCCUUGGCCAGGGAGUACCUGGUCACCACGUGGCUGCUAACCAGCAUGACGACGCCGGAAAAUCUGUGGAGCGCAACUAGAAUCGGACACGAUUCCUUCGCUCGAGCAUCCAGUAGGAACAAGCCCAUGCGAAGCCUCGGCCAGCACACACCACCACGACGCAACGGGGCGUAGGACUCACGAAAAA